AUGCACUUCUUUACUCUCUUCACCACCCUUGCUACUACGCUCGCUGCAGCUACGCCGCUUCAGUCGCGGAGCGGAUGCGACCAAGGCGUCUGCCCCGAACACGACAACGACUUUGAUCUGGUCGAGCACUUUCACGGCGAUGAUCGGCACUUUCAGCUUCGCUUCAAAGACGACCACUCCUGCUUUGCGCUGGACAAUGACGGCAGCGGCUGCGCGGACAUUACCUACAACGGCCGGCCCGUCAGCAUGUCCAUUGGCGCUCGCCGUAACCGGGCGCGCUGGAUCUACAAGGAUACAAAUGACAAGCUGUGCUUUGACACAAACUUUGAGCCUCUUUUGAGUUGUGGCUUCAAUUUCUGGGGCGUGGAUUUGAACCGUCCUGUCGCCUGUAUUUGGUAA